AUGCGUCUAAUAACUCAUAAUAUGCUACAAUGCCAUGUAAAAGGCUGCAACACAAAUAAUUUUCCCUUGGAAUUAUCAGAGAUAGAAUACGAGUUGCAGGAAACGGAAUUUAAUCCACAGUUUCUACGAAACUUUGUGCCGAAAUUGGAAUGGGACGCGUUGGUUAGAACCGCAAUGAAGCUUGGCAUCACAACCCUUCCAGAUAAAUUACCAGACACACCGAUCCAAGAGAUCGAUGAAAAGUUUCUGAAAGAUCUUCAUAGGGUCUUACUCGAGACACACAUACAACAAGGGAGAAUGACGUGUCCUAAUUGUCAGCACGUGUAUCCAAUAAAAGACGGGAUACCGAAUAUGUUAUUGAAUGAAAAUGAAGUAUGA